AACUAUCAAGAAAUUGCGACAGCUCGGGUCAUGGCAGUCACCACAGUAGCAGAUAUCCAGCGCCUGGCCGUGGCCAAGAUGGAAGAAGACACGAGGACCUACAUCUCCAUCGGGGCAGGCGAUGGACAGACUCUCAGGGAGAACAUCGAAGCCUUCAAGAGGCUACGUUUCCGACCGCGGAUUCUCGUGGACGUGGAAAAGCUGAACACCGCAAUCACCGUCCUGGGCCGGGCAAUAUCCUUCCCAGUGGGGCUGUCUCCAUCAGCGGCUCACAAGUUGCUAAACCCUGCAGGAGAGAUCGGCUCUGCUAAAGGCAAGGCCUUCCAUCAUGUCUUUUACGCCUCUAGAGUUGUCAGUUUUUCUAUGAAGGGUGCUUACAACUGCUUGACCAUGUUGCGAUCUUUGGACUCGCGGUGUUUAUAAUAAAGAGAAUUAUGUCGAAAUCAA